CCACACCGAUACAAUAACUGCAAUGUGUCAGUAGCAUGGACUGCUUUAAAUCUAAAAGAUAGAAAGAAAACUUUGUUUGUUUUUAGUCACCUGCCAGCAUCAAAGAGAUAACUGGACUGUCUGUCUCCCUCUCCUCUCCUCUCCUUCUCCUCUCCUUCAUCUCCUGCUCGCUGUGCUUCUCCCUCCCUCACUGCAUUUCCCCCAGACUGAGGCGUCCAUCGACCCUCUGGCUCCGCCGCUUUCGCCAGUGACUUGGAGCGCUCAAGGAACUUUGUGAACUCUCCGCGUUGGGGUGGGAAAGGGGGAGGAAAGAGAGCAGUUGAUGGGACACAAAGCCGCAGCAGCAGCAGGCUCCUCUGGAGACGGCAUCGGGACUCACAGCCGGAGAUAAUCCCCCGGGUCAUGACAAGACAGCGCCUCAGCCUCCUGACCCCCCUGGCUCUGCUGGGACUGUUCAUGGGACUUGCAGACCUCAGCUCUGCCGGUGAGCAUGAGGAUUACUACGUGCAGGAGCUGCUGACAAGAGAGCAGCACAACCAGGUGCAAGUGCCGGAGAAGCCUGUGGCCUCGACACCUGACAGGCGUGAGCACCCCACCAAGAAAGUCCCCAAGGGAAAGGCAGGCAACGGCAGGCAGACGGGUAAAACUACCGCUGAUGCAAAAUCAGGCAACAAAAAGGCAGAGAAGAGCGCUCUGAAAACCCCAAACAGCAUCUCAGAAGGAGACGGCCAAUACAAUUCGAUAAAAGAAGAAUGCCCUCCAAUGGGACUGGAGGCAGUGAAGAUUGAUGACUUCCAGCUUCAUGCUUCAACUACAAAACGCUACGGCCUUGGAGCGCACAGAGGUCGUCUUAACAUUCAGGCUGGCCUCUAUGAAGAUGACCUUUACGAUGGGGCCUGGUGCGCCGGGAGAGAUGACCCGCUGCAGUGGUUCGAGGUGGAUGCCAGGAGGCUGACAAAGUUCACGGGGGUCAUCACACAAGGCCGAAGCUCCCUCUGGUCGAGUGAUUGGGUGACCUCGUACAAGGUCAUGGUGAGCAACGACAGCCACACCUGGAUUACACUGAAGAACGGCUCAGAGGAUUUAAUCUUCACUGGCAAUAGGGAAAAAGAGAUCCCGGUCCGGAACAUCUUCCCAGCGCCAGUGGUCGGCCGAUACAUCCGAGUCAACCCUCUGUCCUGGUUUCAGAGCGGCAGUAUCUGUAUGAGAGUGGAGAUCCUUGGCUGUCCGAUGCCAGAUCCCAAUAAUUAUUACCACAGACGCAACGAAGUCAUCACAACAGACGACUUGGACUUCAGACACCACAGCUACAAAGACAUGAGGCAGCUUAUGAAGGUGGUCAAUGACAUGUGCCCCAACAUCACCCGGAUCUAUAACAUAGGAAAGAGCCACAGUGGCCUCAAGCUCUAUGCCAUAGAGAUUUCUGACAACCCAGGAGAACAUGAAGUUGGUGAACCAGAGUUUCGUUACUCAGCAGGUUCCCAUGGUAAUGAGGUGCUGGGACGAGAGCUGCUCCUCCUGCUGAUGCAGUUCAUGUGUCUGGAGUAUCUGUCUGGCAACCAGCGGAUACGUCACCUGGUGGAAGAGACCAGAAUCCAUCUGUUGCCGUCUAUCAACCCCGAUGGGUACGAGAAGGCCUUUAAAAUGGGCUCGGAGCUCAGUGGCUGGUCUCUGGGUCGAUGGAACGGUGACGGAAUAGACAUUCACCACAACUUCCCCGACCUCAACUCCAUACUGUGGGAAGGCGAGGCCAAGAAGUGGAUCCCUCGCAAAAUGUUCAACCACCAUGUGCCGAUCCCACAGUGGUACUUGUCCAGAAAUGCCUCAGUUGCCGUGGAGACGCGGGCUCUGAUCGCAUGGAUGGAGAAGAUGCCCUUUGUGCUGGGCGGUAACAUCCAGGGAGGGGAGCUGGUGGUGACCUUCCCGUACGACAAAACCCGAUCCCAAGGGGUGACCAGGGAGCAGACCCCCACCCCGGAUGACCACGUCUUCCGCUGGCUGGCCUUCUCCUACGCGUCCACCCACCGCCUGAUGACGACCGUCAACCAAAGGGUCUGCCACACGGAAGAAUUUGCCAAGGAGGACGGCACCAUCAACGGAGCGUCCUGGCACACCGCGGCCGGCAGUAUGAACGAUUUCAGCUUUUUGCACACCAACUGCUUUGAGCUGUCGAUGUUUGUGGGCUGUGACAAGUUCCCUCACGAGAGCGAACUGCCUGAGGAGUGGGAGAACAAUCGCGAGUCUCUUCUUGUCUUCAUGGAGCAGGUGCAUCGUGGGAUCAAAGGUGUGGUGAGGGACCUGCAAGGUCGCGGAAUAGCUAAUGCCAUCGUCUCUGUGGAGGGCAUCAGUCAUGAUAUUCGCACAGCUUCCGACGGUGAUUACUGGCGCUUGCUGAACCCGGGAGAGUACAGAGUAAGAGCCAAGGCUGAAGGCUACAGCCUCAUGAGUAAGAAGUGCGAGGUGGGCUACGAGAUGGGCGCCACCAGAUGCGAUUUCACCAUCGGGCGCACUAACCUGUCACGAAUCAAAGAAAUAAUGGCAAAAUUCAACAAGCAGCCAAUCAGAUUGCCAGUCAGGCAGCUUCAAGUUCGCAGGUCCAGAGAGAGGCGCCUGGGAAGAUAAUGACUGUAUGAGGAAGAAUUAAAAACAAACAUCUGCUCUGAUCAAACUGAGGUCACCUCCCACCCUGCCGUCAGUGGAAUUAGUGUGAUUGAAAAUGUGGAUUAAUUUAAAUAGAAUGCUUUAUUUGGCUUUCUGUUUUAUUUUAGUUUGUCGUUUUCCCCCUGGCAUAAGCUCUCUCUGUUUCCACUGCUCUCAUCUCAACUUUUCUUCACAUCCACUGUAUUCCGUAAAAGACUAAGUUUAUGUUCAUGACCCCAUUUUUCAAUUUAUAUUAUUAUUAUUAUUAUUAUUAAGAUAUCUACCAUCAUUCCUUGUGACAACUAUAAAUACUAACAUAAUCUAAUCACAUAAAACUGAAAUGCAAGUUACGGAUAAGGAAUCUAAUUUUAACCACUGUAAUGAAUGGCUAUGACUUUCAUUAUGUAUAUACUUAUGUAACACAGUUAUGUAAGACAUUACAAAAAGAUUUAUUGCCAUGAACUUGUACAACCUUUGGUUUCUUAAAAAAAAUAAAAUGUGUGGACUCAGUGAC